CCGCGUUCCUCAUUUGUUAAUGGAUGAGGCGACUCUUUUCUCCCUUCUUUUUCUUCCAUGUACCAUCACUGUAAGCUUCAAUGGUUGAAAGUCUUCAGAUUCCCAUUAACUCGACAAACCAAACAGACCCCACUUUCUCCUCCUUUCUCUUCCCCAUCAAACCCUACCCUUCACCACAAUCCAAACUCAUCAAUUCAGUCCAAUAAUCAACACUAAAACAUGAUAAUUUUGAAGAAAUACUAAUUUGAAUUAAAACCCAUUAUUUGGAUGUUCCCUUUACAGAGCAAAGUUGGAAUCUUGGAGUUAAAUUUUGGGAUUUUUUUGAGAUUAAUAUAAUAUAACACAGUUGGUUUUUAGGUAGCCAUGUCUGCUGGGGUUUGUGGGAAGCGAGUUGGGUAUGAAGAAUUAUUCGGAUCUUCUCCAAAGAGAUCCAGAUGUGCAAGUUGUGCUGGAUCUCCAGACAGGCGGCGGGAAUGGGGUUCCGGAUCUGAGGAACCCAUUUCCGCCUUGUUGCAAAUGUUCCCUGCCUUGGAUCCUGAGUUUAUAUCAGCAGUUCUUAGAGAUCACAACAAUCAGAUAGAAGAAGCAAGGGAGAGUCUUUCUGCACUUUCCUCUGAUUUUGAGGAAAGAAGUAAGUCAGCAAGCACUGAUUCUGUGAUAAUUGGAAAUUGUGUGGAUGUUCCUACUGGGAGCAUGGAUAAUUGUAGUCAAAUAUCAAAGCAGGUGGUUCAAGGUGUGAAUAACAUCAAUCAGACCUUUGAUUAUUAUAAGAAUGUGAUUGAUGGACGUCAAUGGGUAGAUUUGUUUGUGUAUGAUAUGAUGAGUGCACCCAGUCUUGAUGAUGCUAGGGGGCGUGCUGCGAGGAUUUUAGAGGCAUUUGAGAGAAAUAUAACUGCUAAUUUAAGGGCUGCAAAGGAGCUCGAGCUUGCUUCUUUGAAGCAGAAUCUGCAAGGAUUGUUAAACAAUAAUCAAAUUUUGAAGAAAGCUGUUGCCAUACAGCAUCAACGCAAUUUGGAACAAGAGGUAAAUGAACGAGAAGUACACCAGCUGAAGCUCAUGCUCAGCCAAUACCAAGAACAAGUUCGAACUUUGGAGCUGAACAACUAUACAUUAAAGCUUCAUCUCCAAAGGGCACAAGAAAGCAGUUCCUUUCCUUUCGCAGAUAUAUAUUAGUGUUCGUUUCACAGGAUCCCUUGAGUCAGCAAUCCAAAAUAGCUAUGCUCGUCUAUUAAUUUUUUUAACGUAUAAGUUCUUUAAGAAUUGGGUUACAUUACAUAGCAAUUUUUACACAGUUUGUACUAGUAUUAGUUUGUGCUCGCAUGUACUUUCCUCUAGUUUCAACUAGCUGCUCUUGACCUCAAAAAGAAAACAACAUUUUUAUCUUGAUGUACCAUUUGGAUGAAAAUAGUGUAUUGACGUCCGCAAGCCAUUUCCCAAUAAUUAUGUAGUGAAUCAAUUGCAAUUCAGGUGCAAGCAAUAGAGACAAACCAAUAGGACAUGGAGGUAUUGGUGCCAAGACCGGUUCUUCAAUAACUUGAAUCAAGCAGUUGUCCCAAUGCGAGGAGAAAUCAGAGAUGGCAAACAUUCUUAUCCAAUCAAUUGGAAUUCAUGUCAAGACAAAAGAAGCUAGGAAAUUAGGCAAUGUAACUACAGACUUAUGACUUUUUAUUCAAAAUCUAAUAAAUGAUUAAAAUGAAAGAAAUUGUAAAUU